AAGCACGGGAAGUGUUGCGUCACACGCACUCGGGCUUCAUGUGGGUGCGGGAGCAACUUUAGGAAACAAAGUGUCCAUCGCUUCAAAAGUACCACACACUUGCACUUGUUCUGAGCUGGUUUGAUAUUUUCGGAAAAGAACACCCAAAAGAGAUCAACAAACGUUCAGAACACUGAUUUGGUCCUCGUUCAGCUCUCAGUAUGUCUGAUGGGGACUAUGAUUAUCUCAUCAAGUUCCUCGCGCUGGGGGACUCUGGGGUGGGAAAGACCAGCUUCUUAUAUCAGUACACAGACGGCAAAUUCAACUCCAAAUUCAUCACCACAGUGGGAAUAGACUUCAGAGAAAAACGAGUGGUGUACAAAUCCACCGGUCCUGAUGGGACAGUCGGGAGAGGACAGAGGAUUCACAUUCAGCUGUGGGAUACGGCCGGACAGGAGAGAUUUCGGAGUUUGACCACAGCGUUCUUCAGGGACGCCAUGGGCUUCCUGUUACUCUUUGACCUCACGAAUGAGCAGAGCUUCCUUGACGUGCGGAACUGGAUGAGUCAGCUGCAGACGCAUGCGUACUGUGAGAAUCCCGACAUCGUCUUGUGCGGAAACAAAUCAGACCUCGAGGACCAGCACGCGGUGAAAGCGGAGAGUGCUCGGGAACUGGCGGAGAAAUACGGAGUCCCGUACUUCGAGACGAGUGCUGCGAACGGUGAGAACGUGAGCCGUGCCGUGGAGGUUCUGCUGGAUCUGAUCAUGAAGCGCAUGGAGAGAUGUGUGGACAAAUCCUGGAUCCCCGACGGGAUGGUUCGCACCAACGGCCACAGCACCAGCAACCUGGCAGAGCCGCGUGACGCCGAGCAGAGCAAGUGCGGCUGCUAAUGCCGUAAGAAUCAUUCCAUUCAAGACGAAGCCAAGGCUCUCUGAUCCUUUUCAUUAGUACAUGAAGAGGAUCAGAGACCCUGCACUGUGUUAAACUGUUGCUUUUUUCAGAAUGGAUGGACUAAAGCCACCUAGAUUCAAGUCUUCACGUUUUGAGAGCACUUUACACCAAAUCCUGCAUUCAGAAGCCUUGAUGCGUCAGAUUAGAU